AGCACCAUGGCCCUUUCCGUGCGCACAAGCGGCGGCUCCCGGCCAUUCUCCUCUCGGAGCGGAUUUGGAGGGGGCUCUCUGAGGAUGUCCAAUUCCAGUGGUGGAGGAGGCUAUGGUGGCAGUGGGCUUGGAUUUGGUGGGGGGUCUGGUGGAGGGUUUGGUGCAGCUUCUCUGGCCUCAAGCUCUGGCUUCGGUGGGGGCUUUGGGAGCAGCUCAGUUGCAGGAUUUGGGAGCAACUUAAGCAGUGGCUUUGGUGGAAGCUAUGGAGGUGGUUUGGGUGGUAGCUAUGGAAGUGGCUUAGGCAGUGGGUUUGGGGGAGGUUUGGGAAGUGGUUUUGGCAGCAGUUCAGGUGCUGCUUUUGGAAGUGGCUUUGGUGGUGGCUUAGGGACUGGUUUUGGAGGUGGGUUUGGCCCUGCUGGUGCUGGAGAUGGUGGCCUUCUUUCUGGCUCAAAAAAAGAAACCAUGCAGAACCUCAAUGACCGUCUGGCUGCGUAUCUGGACAAAGUCAGGUCUCUGGAAGAGGCCAACACCGAGCUGGAGUCCAAAAUCCGUGAGUGGUAUGAGAAAAAUGGCCCUGGAACUGGCACCCCUGGAUCUGGGAAUGACUACAGUAAAUUCUACCCCCUCAUUGAAGAUCUUCGAAACAAGAUCAUCAAUGCAACCAUUGACAACGCCAGGAUCAUUCUGCAGGUCGAUAAUGCCAGACUGGCUGCUGAUGACUUCAGACUGAAAUAUGAGAAUGAAGUGGCUCUUAGGCAGAGUGUGGAGGCCGACAUCAAUGGUCUGCGCAGAGUCCUGGACGAGCUGACCAUGACCAGAGCAGAUCUGGAGAUGCAGAUUGAAAGCCUGAAUGAAGAACUGGCAUAUCUCAAGAAGAAUCAUGAAGAGGAGCUUCAGGGCAUCCAAAGCAGUGAAUUUGGCCAAGUCAGUGUGGAAAUGGAUGCUGCUCCAGGGACUGACCUGACCAAGCUUCUGAAUGAUAUGAGGGGACAGUACGAAGUCAUUGCUGAGCAAAACCGUAAAGAGGCCGAGGCGUGGUUCAAUGAAAAAAGCGGGGAGCUGAAGAGGGAGAUCUCCACCAAUACUGAGCAGCUCCAGUCGGGAAAGAGCGAGAUCACAGAUUUAAAACGGACUCUCCAGAGCCUGGAAAUAGAGCUGCAGUCUCAGCUUGCCAUGAAAAAAUCCCUGGAAGACACUUUAGCAGAAACAGAGGGUGGUUACUGUGCCCAGCUGUCCCACAUCCAAAUGCAGAUCGGGAACCUGGAGUCCCAGCUUUUCCAGGUCAGGGCUGACAUGGAGCGCCAGAACGCGGAGUACCAACAGCUCCUAGACAUCAAGACUCGUCUGGAAAUGGAGAUUGAAACCUACCGGCGCCUGCUGGAUGGAGAAUUUGUGGGCACUGGACAGGCAGUUACAUUUGAAAGCUCAUCCCUGACAGGGUCCAAAUCUCAAACACAAUCACUGGACUCUUCUCAAGAUCCAACCAAAACUAGAAAGAUCAAGACAAUUGUAGAAGAAGUGGUAGAUGGAAAAGUUGUUGCAUCCCACGUUAAGGAAGUUGAAGAGAAGAUAUGAGGCACAAUCUGAUGUGGCAACGGAUCCAUUUGCUCCAAGCCAAAAUGGAUAAAUCAUUUUAUUCUUUUGUAUGAAGUGAUAAAACAUUUGACUUUGUAUUACGAAUCUUUUAGAUAAGACAAAUUCCUUGCAGACAUGCAAUAUAUUUCCUGCUUCCCUCUAUCAGCAUUACCUAUAUGAUUUCCAUGGUGUUCUUCAAAAAUAUCA